AUGAUUUUUUUAUUUCUUCUUCCUCUUCCUCCUCCUUUCUCUUUCCUUUUCCUCCUCCCUCUUCUUCUUCCUCCUUCUUCUUCCGCUUCUUCUUCCUCCUUCUUCGUCUUCUUUUUUCUCCUCCUUCUUUCUCCGACUACUACUACUACUAUUUCUUCUUCUUCUUCUUCUUCUUCUUCUUCUUCUUCUUCUUCUUAUUCUUCUUAUUCUUCUUCUUCUUCUUCUUCUUCUUCUUCACUUCUUUUCUUCUUCCUUCUUCUUCUUCUUCUUUUUCUCCUUCUUCCUUUCUUUCUUCUUCUUUUUCAUCUUUCUUCAUUUUUCUUCUACUUUUUCUUCUUCUUCUUCUGCCUCCUCCUUUUUUGUCCUUUUCUUCCUUCGUUUUUUUUUUCUUCUUCCCCUUUUCUUUUUUCCUUUUUCUUCUUCUUCAUAUUUUUCCUUUCUUUUUUUUUUCUUUCUACUUCCUCCUCCGUCGUCGUCUUCCUUCCUUCUUUUCUUUUCUUCUUUUCUUUUUCCUCCUCCGUCCUCCUUUUUUUUUUUCUUCUUCCUCUUUUUGUUUCUUUUUUCUUUUUCUUCCCUCCUUUUUCUUCUUCUUCAUCAUCUUUUUCCUUUCUACUUUUUUUUCUUCUUUCUACGCCUCCUCCUCCUCCGUCGUCGUCUUCUUCUUCUUCUUCUUCUUCUUCUUCUUCUUCUUCUUCUUCUUCUUCUUACGCCUCCUUCUUCUUCUGUCUCUUCUUCUUUCUCUUUCUUCUUCUUCUUUUCUUCUUCUUCUUCUUUCUUUCUUUUUCUUCCUACUUCUUGUUCCUUCUCCUUUUGCUGUUGUUUUUCUUCUUCCUCCUCCUCCUUCUUCCUUCUCCUCCUUCUUCUUACUCUUCCUUCUUCUUCCUCUUUCUUUUUCUUCCUCCUGCUCAUCCUUCUUCUUCUUCCUCUUUCUUCUUCCUUAAUCUUCCUCCCUCCUCCAUUUUCCUCCUCUUCCUCCUCCUCCUUCGUUUUCUUUUUUAUAGCCCACGACUUACCUUCUUUGUUUCAUAUCUUCCUCUUUUUUCCACAUUUCUCUCUCUUUCUGGUUCUGCCUGA